AUGGAGCUCGGGGGCUGCUGCUACCAGUUCCGGAUCGCGCUGCUGGGGGACUCGACGGUGGGCAAGACGUCGCUGCUGCGGCGCUACGUGUCCGGCGCCCCGGGCGCCGCGGAGGCCGAGCCCGGGCUCGAACCCGAGGCCACGGUGGGCGUGGAGUUCUACAGCCGCGCGCUGCAGCCGCCCGCCGGGCCCCGCGUCAAGCUGCAGCUCUGGGACACCGCGGGCCACGAGCGCUUCAGGUGCAUCACCAGGUCCUUCUACAGGAAUGUAGUGGGUGUCAUGUUGGUGUUUGAUGUGACGAACAGGGCAUCCUUUGAGCACAUCCGAGACUGGCAUCAGGAGGUCGUGUCCACUCAGGGCCCUGACAAGGUGAUCUUCUUACUAGUUGGCCACAAGUGUGACCUGCAGAGUGCUCGCUGUGUCUCUACCCAGGAAGCAGAGGAGCUGGCCAUGUCACUGGGCAUGGCUUUCAUGGAAACCUCAGUCAAGAGCAAGUGCAAUGUGGACCAGGCCUUUGACACCAUCACCAGUGCCAUCCAGCAGGCCCUGAAGCAAGGGGACAUCAAACUAGAAGAGGACUGGGGGGGUAUCCGGUGCCUCUACAGGGCACCAAACCCCAGGUCCUCCGGCAGGAAGCAGGGCCCAGGCCCAUGCCAAUGUUGACUCUGGGACAGAAAGAGUUAAAAGCAGUUCCAUGAGACGGCAUGUAUUACUGGAAAGUGAAUGGCAGAGGGCUCAUAUCAGU